AUAUAUUGUAUUUUUUUUGGUGUGAAGUUGUAUUAAUAUCCAUUUUUACCCAGCUUAUUGAGCUAGCUUCACUCCUUACUAAUCUCAAUUUAAUAAUUUUGUUAAGUCUAAGUGCAAAUAAGACUGCUAAUUGUGUUGUUGGUAGUUAUUUGCUUCUCUUCGGUUUCCAUAUUCAGUAAGACUAUAUCUUCUCUGCUAACACCAUCUAUGGAAGUUUUUGGUUCUUGAAGUUUCUCUUACUGGUUUCAUCAGGUGAAAGUUUGUCAUCUGGGAGUGGAAGCUGUGAAUCCAGAAAGCAUAUACCGAGAGCUUAGUGUGGAUUCGAAAAGCCCUAUGUACAGGGGCGGAGCUAUAUGGUUGGACCAAACUUUAUUAAUUUCUUGACCUCAUGAAUUGGACAUUGAAUUGGGAAGAAAGGGUCACAAAGUACAAGAUGUCUGCAGGUUCUUGCUCUUAUGAAAUUCGUAUUGAUUUGGGAGAUUCAAAUGAUGAUUUUCUUAAAAUAAUUACAACGAACACAUCAACAACAGACGGAGAAAAGAUGCAUUAUGAUAAGAUAGGAUGGCUUCCACAAAUUUUGCAAAGAGAUUAUAAAUAUUUAUUUGAGUGUUGUUAUCCAAAAGAGUUUCCAAUUGGUCCUAUAUUUUAUUAUUUGUAUGAGGCCAAGGUUAACCGACACAUGCAACUUAGAGAUGAAUUGAAUGUGUGGGAAAUAAUGUUCAAUGAUAAAUGGUGCCUCAAGCUGUUAUUGGCAAAUGAUUUCAUCAAAUCAUUUAGCAAGGACAAGAAAGGGACUGAGUUACUAUCAAAAAUCAAGAACAGCAUUGACAACAACAACUUGAAAGAGAGUAUAUUUAACAAUGUUUAUGAUCCCCCAGAUAAAUGGGUGAGAAUAAUCAAAUUUAGUGAUGAUUCCUUGGCCAAGUUACUUUUGUUGGAUGGAUGUGCAGUUCUACACUUCAUACACAACUAUGUUCAUAGUGAAGUAACAAAGUUUGGUAUUGAUAAUUUGCAAGCAACAUUGAUUCAAGAGGACUUAUUCUUGCUUCAAAACCAAAUCCCAUUUGAAGUAAUCAAACUGAUUUUGAAAUCGAUUGAGGAAGAUUUGGCUACAAAAUUGAAAGUUGACAUUCUCAAUUUCCUUCACAUCAAUGAUCUCAAGACAAAGGAGCCAGUAAGACAGGAGUACAGUAAGGAACAAUGUGAUAAAAUUCUUAUUCAUAAUAAACAUCAUAAUGCUCAUCUUCUUCAACUUCUCUACUUCUUUAUCAAAUCUGAUGAGAGUAUUAUCACACCUCCCAACAAAUCAUUCACCAAACUUACAAUCACUACCUUUAAAUAUUUGUUGGUGUGUUGUUUGAUGCCUUUGAUAUGCAUAUUACUCCCAUUUUCGGAUUCUUUUAAGCUUCGUUUCAAGCCUUAUUCAGAUGCUUUUAUGUGUCGUAUUAGGAAUCUGUUUGGUCAGAAAACAAAUAUUGUCAAUAACAAAAGGUACUUUCGCAAUGUAAGAGAGCUUAAAUCAGCUGGAAUAGAUUUUAAGCCAAGUGUCCAAUCCAUACCUUUUGGUAAAUCCAUAUCUUUCAAGAAUGGAAAGUUUAACAUAAAAGGGCAUCUUAAGCUUCCUCAAAUUACAGUGGAUAAAUAUACAAAGAGUAAGCUUAUGAAUUUGGUGGCCUAUGAGAUGUGUCUUCCUCCCGAAGAGUAUCCAAUAGCUUCUUUUGUUAAAUUUAUGGACUUUCUUAUUGAUGGAGAAGAAGAUGUUAAGGAACUAAGGAAGUCAAGUGUACUUAGACACAGACUCAGUUGUGAUGCAGAUGUGGCCAAACUAUUCAAUGAUAUGGGAUCAAAAUGCCAUGACCAUUCGAAAGACUUUUAUUGUGAUGUGAAGGAGGGUAUAGAAAUUCAUUGUAAGAGAUGUCAUGCGAGUUGGAUAGCUCAACUUAGUGAGAGAUAUUUCAGUAGUCCAUGGCCCAUUAUUGCUGUUUUGGCUGCUACAAUCGGUCUUUUGAUGACUGGUGCUCAAACUUGGUAUGCUAUGAAUCCUAAGAGUUAAGUAAUAAGGGAUUCAAAAACCAUAAUUAUGCUUAUUUAUGCCUCUAUAGCUAGUUGGUUGUUGUGGCCUUUGGACUUUGUUAUGUGUUUCUUCAAAUUUAUUACUUUGUGUUUGUAUUAUGGAAACUUGAUGUAUAUCAUGAAUGACAUCAUAUGUUAUUAUUAUU